AUGCUGCACAACGGGCCCGACACGGCGCCCAACGCCACUACUGGCGCCUCUGCUCCACCCACUGGCACCCCUACUGCCACUGGCACCCCUACUGCCUCUGGCACCCCUACUGCCUCUGGCACCCCUACUGCAACUGGCACCCCUACUGCCUCUGGCACCCCUACUGCAACUGGCACCCCUACUGCCUCUGGCACCCCUACUGCAACUGGCACCCCUAGCACCCCUACUGCCACUGGCACCCCUACUGCCACUGGCACCCCUACUGCCACUGGCACCCCUACUGCAACUGGCACCCCUACUGCCUCUGGCACCCCUACUGCAACUGGCACCCCUACUGCAACUGGCACCCCUACUGCCACUGGCACCCCUACUGCCACUGGCACCCCUACUGCCACUGGCACCCCUACUGCAACUGGCACCCCUACUACCACUGGCGCCCUUGCUCCACCCACUGGCGCCCCUGUUUCGCCCGAUGGCCGCCCCGCUGCUCUGAAAGCGCUGAAGAUGGACCCCGACGCCGAGGUCCCGGCGCCGGGCUCGGUGAAGAGCGCUCGGCGCCGCCAGAGACACAACCCGUCGAAGCAGUCGUGGCUGCUGCGGCUGUUUGAGUCGAAGCUGUUCGACGUCUCCAUGGCGAUCUCCUACCUGCACCGCUCCAAGGAGCCCGGCGUGCAGGCCUACAUCGGCAACCGGCUCUUCAGCUUCGGCCCCGAGGGAGGGGUCGACUUCUACCUGCCGACGUGGGGGACCCAUCAAGCCCUAUGUGGUGCACCGCUGCAGACAGAGCAUCUCCUUCAGCCUGCAGUGCGCCUGGCUGCUGGGAGCGUACUCGUCCGACAUGCACAUCUCCACGCAGCGCCACUCUCGGGGCACCAAACUGAGGAAGCUCAUCCUAUCAGACGAGCUCAAACCAGGGAGUUCAUAAAGUCCCUGCUGGCAUCGGGAAGCGUCUGGCCACGCUGCCCACCAAGGAGCAGAAGACCCAGCGGCUGAUCUCAGAGCUGUCGCUGCUCAACCACAAGCUGCCGGCCAGAGUCUGGCUCCCCAGGGCCUUCGACCACCACGUGGUCCGGGUCCCCCACACACAGGCCGUGGUGCUGAACUCCAAGGACAAGGUCAGAGACACACACACACACACACAGACACACAGAGACACACACACACACCUCCCAGAGAUCCACACCAACAGCUGUGAUAACAUCAGUCAGUUCUCAGUGGACAGCAUCACGAGUCUGGAGAGCAAAGAGCCGGUGUUCAUCGCUGCCGGAGACAUCAGGCGGCGUCUGUCGGAGCAGCUGGCCCAGGCCCCCACCACGUUUAGACGGGACCCCGAGGACCCCUCGGCCGUGGCCCUCAAGGAGCCCUGGGAGGAGAAGGUCCGGAGGAUCAGGGAAGGCUCUCCAUACGGUCACCUCCCCCACUGGCGGCUGCUGUCUGUGAUCGUUAAAUGUGGAGACGACCUGAGACAGGAGCUGCUGGCCUAUCAGGUGCUGCAGCAGCUCAAGUCGAUCUGGGAGCAGGAGCGCGUCCCCCUCUGGAUCAAGCCCUACGGGAUCCUGGUGCUGUCGUCCGACAGCGGCAUGAUCGAGCCCGUGGUCAACGCGGUGUCCCUGCACCAGGUGAAGAAGCAGAGCCAGCUGUCCCUGCUGGACUACUUCCUGCAGGAGCACGGCGCCCCCACCACCGAGGCCUUCCUCUCCGCUCAGAGACACUUCGUCCAGAGCUGCGCCGGCUACAGCGUCAUCUGCUACCUGCUGCAGGUCAAGGACAGGCACAACGGGAACAUCCUAUUGGACGCUGAGGGUCACAUCAUCCACAUUGACUUUGGCUUCAUCCUGUCCAGCUCUCCCAAAAACCUCGGCUUCGAAACGUCCGCCUUCAAACUCACCUCCGAGUUCGUAGACGUGAUGGGCGGUCCUGAUGGAGACAUGUUUAACUACUACAAGAUGUUGAUGCUUCAGGGUCUCAUAGCAGCCAGGAAACACAUGGACCGAGUCCUGCAGAUAGUGGAGAUCAUGCAGCAAGGUACCCAGCUGCCCUGUUUCCAUGGCAGCAGCACGCUGCGCGGCCUGAAGGAGCGGUUCCACAUGAGCCUGACCGAGGAGCAGCUGCAGGUCCUGGUGGACCAGCUGGUGGACGGCUCCAUGAGGUCCCUGACCACCAAGCUGUACGACGGCUUCCAGUACCUCACCAACGGCAUCAUGUGACCUGUGUGUGUGUGUGUGUGUGUGUGUGUGUGUGUGUGUGUGUGUGUGUGUGUGUGUGUGUGUGUGUGUGUGUGUGUGUGUGUGUCUGUGUGUGUGUGUGUGUGUGUCUGUGUGUGUGUGUGUGUGUGUCUGUGUGUGUGUGUGUGUGUGUGUGUGUGUGUGUGUGUGUGUGUGUGUGUGUGUGUCUACAGACUGAUGAUGUUUUAUAACUAGACUGCAGAGACUUUGAGCCUCCCUCUGAUAGUCUCCCUUCUUCUUUAAUUCUCUUAUUCCGGCUUCUUCUUAUUAUAGAGAGGACAAGUCCCUCCCCCUUUCCUGUGUUUAAGCCCCGCCCCCUUUCCUGUGUGUAAGCCCCGCCCCCUUUCCUGUGUGUAAGCCCCGCCCCUUCUUGUGUCCAGCGUGGGACUUGAUUCCAGUGUGAAUGUGUCCCGUAGUGAACGAGGAGAGACGCUGUGGUCCUGUUGGACAGUUUAACCGAUGAUUGAUCAGGUGGAGAAAAGAUUGUAAAUUAAAUAUUCACCUUUAUUCUCUCAGAAAUCAUAACGAUGAGUCUGAUACUUUAACACACACACACACACACACACACACACACACACACACACACACACAGACACACACAGACACACACACACAGAGAAACAUACACACAGA